CAGAGGUUGGGACUGGAGCUGCGGAGGAACUGAAAGGCUUUGGCUACUCAUAAGUCCAUACAGCAUAUUUGACCGCUAACUACAUGGAUGCAGUACUAGUGAACAGAAUGCAGAAAAGUCUGGAUUGAGACGACAAGCUCCAGCUGGACUGAAACCAGCAAAAUGUUUCAGGAUGCUGUUUCCCAUUUUUCUCAUUCCCAUUUCUUGUGGACAAAGACACCUGCGCUCUUGCUUGCAAUCUCUUUUUGCACAAUGGAUGCAUCUGCAUUUAGAAUCCAACCUGUGAAAAGCAUAGAGCAAUGCCAGGACCACACGGUAUAUUUCAAACACUACUUUGUACUAAGAGGAGAAGCUGUGAUUCUGAAAUGCUCUUCCUCGAGUCAUGGGUCUUUGGCCUUUUCUGACCUCUCUCUCAAUCUGACAUGGCAUAAAAAUGAUUCACAACCCGUGAUCUCAGGAGAAGAUAAAGAACAGAGAAUUCAGGCAAAAGGUGAUACUCUUUGGUUCUUACCAGCAUCACUAGAGGACACAGGAGUAUAUGUCUGCACUCAAAGGAAUUCUUCUUAUUGUGCCAAGGUGUCCAUUCAUUUAACAGUUGUUGAGAAAACUGCUGCUCAUGCUAUUUCCUACAUGCAAAAGCUCUUCACUUUUACUUCUGGGAAACUUGUUUGCCCUGAUUUGGAGGAUUUCAUAGACAAGAAAGCAGACCUAGAGCUGAAGUGGUACAAGGAUUCUGUGCCUUUGGAUGAAGACAACAAAAAAUACAUAAGACUGAAAGAAACAACCUCUCUCAUCAUCAGUUCUGUGUUACCAGAAGAUUCUGGCUAUUACACCUGCAAAAUGUCUUUUACAUAUGAAGGCACACAGUAUCCAGUCACCAGAACUAUACAGCUACAGACUGUUGAAACAGAGAAGAGAAACACCCCCGUGAUUGUAUACCCAGAUCAGAAGACUACAUUAGCUGUUCCUGGCUAUAAGAUGAUUAUUCCAUGUAAAGUAUUUAUUGGAUUAAGCAGAGACUCUUAUACUAUUGUGAGAUGGCUUGCCAAUGACACGAACAUUGACACGAUGUACAAAGAUGACCGAGUUACAGUGGGGGAGCAUCAGGAAAUUGUAGAAAAUGGUGAAAACUUCAUCGAGGUGCCUUUGAUUUUUGAUCCAGUCAGAGAAGUGGAUUUCUACACAGACUUUAAGUGUUUAGCCCAGAACAGUGUCGGGUACCAAGUGCUGCCAACGCGAGUCAAAGAAGAAGCAAUCAGUUUCUCCUGGUACAUAGCAAUGAUUCCAGUAGCACUGGCCUGCCUGCUUGUAGGGGGUUUAUUAAUUCACAAAUGCUGGAAACAGAGAGCUGAUAAAGGAUAUAUGAUUGCCAAACCAUAAUGAGGAAAGCCUGCUUCAGGUGCCAACCUUCAAUAGAAAAGAUGUCAUCCUGUCUAUAUGUUAAAUAUAAUGCAGAGAGAACUUUUUAGGCAAGCUGGAUUGCGCUUCAAGGAAAAUGUACAUUAGUUAUUUUUUUAUUUGUAUCUUCUGUGAUUGUGCAUUGUAUAUAGAUGAAGAUGAAUUGCAAAAAAACACUUAUUAGUUUACAAUUGGAAGGUAACUUCUGGGAUUUUGUAGCAUAAAAGAGUAUCUCUCCACACACACACUCUACCGUAUACAUAGUUUGUCUUUUAGUUAUAUGAUCAAGUGGGGCAAAGAGGCCUCUGACUAGUGUAAAUACUAUAAUCUUAACACAACAAAAAUGUUAUUUGAGUAAGCUUGUUCCCAGAAGGAUAAUUCCACUUAGGGCAAAGGUACUGCGUACUGUAGCUCUAUUUUACCUCAGACUAAAAGGAGCCAGAACCCUACAAAAACAAACAAUCUCAGUGUUUGCUAUUUGGAUUAUUUCUCACUUAAAAUUUGCUUUCUGAGAAAAAACAGAAUCAGUAUAGUAGGUGCUGCAUCAUGGAGCAUUCUGUGUAGUCUGCCAAAGCAUCAGAGCAAGAGACGCCUACUGUAGCAUGCUAUAAAAAGAUUUUGGAGUAUGUUAUAUUAGUUUGGAAUUAUAAAUAAAUUUCUCUUAA